GGCAGCGUCUGGGGCAGGGAGGGGCUGGCUGGCCGGGCUCCCUUUUGCGGAAGUGGGUGGCUUCGCUCCCCCAGAGUGGAAGGAAGGAGAGAGCGCGAGCCCAGCGGGGUCCUCCGCACCUUUCCCCCAGCGCCGUCUCGACCCGAAGGAGGAUGGCAGGGCGGCUCCCGGCCUGCGUGGUGGACUGUGGCACAGGGUAUACCAAACUGGGAUAUGCUGGUAAUACAGAGCCACAGUUCAUCAUUCCAUCAUGUAUCGCUAUCAAGGAAUCUGCCAAGGUUGUCGAUCAAGCACAGAGAAGGGUUAUGAAAGGUGUGGAUGACCUAGACUUCUUUAUUGGGGAUGAAGCAAUAGAAAAACCAACAUAUGCAACAAAGUGGCCCAUCCGUCAUGGAAUAGUUGAAGAUUGGGAUUUGAUGGAGAGGUUUAUGGAACAAGUAAUCUUUAAAUAUUUAAGGGCAGAACCUGAAGAUCAUUAUUUUCUAUUGACUGAACCCCCUCUAAAUACUCCAGAAAACAGGGAAUAUACUGCAGAAAUCAUGUUUGAGUCCUUCAAUGUUCCCGGGCUUUACAUUGCUGUUCAGGCCGUCCUUGCCUUAGCUGCAUCUUGGACAUCAAGACAAGUGGGAGAGCGAACACUGACUGGAACGGUUAUAGACAGUGGGGAUGGUGUCACUCACGUCAUUCCUGUGGCUGAAGGUUAUGUCAUUGGCAGCUGUAUCAAACAUAUUCCAAUUGCAGGACGAGAUAUAACUUACUUUAUUCAACAAUUGCUAAGAGAACGAGAAGUAGGAAUCCCUCCUGAACAAUCAUUGGAAACUGCUAAAGCGGUGAAGGAACGCUUUAGUUAUGUCUGCCCUGAUUUAGUAAAAGAAUUUAACAAGUAUGACGCAGAUGGUACCAAGUGGAUCAAACAAUAUACUGGAAUCAACGCAAUCUCAAAGAAAGAAUUUACCAUUGAUGUUGGCUAUGAGAGAUUCUUGGGGCCAGAGAUCUUCUUUCAUCCUGAGUUUGCUAAUCCAGACUUCACACAGCCUAUCUCAGAAGUAGUAGACGAGGUAAUUCAGAACUGUCCCAUUGAUGUUAGACGUCCGCUAUAUAAGAAUAUUGUCCUCUCUGGAGGCUCCACAAUGUUCAGGGACUUUGGUCGCCGUUUACAACGAGACUUGAAAAGAACUGUUGAUGCCAGACUGAAACUCAGCGAGGAACUGAGUGGUGGCAGACUGAAGCCCAAACCUAUUGAUGUACAAGUUAUCACACACCAUAUGCAAAGAUAUGCUGUCUGGUUUGGAGGAUCAAUGUUGGCUUCCACGCCUGAGUUCUACCAAGUAUGCCACACCAAAAAAGAUUAUGAAGAAAUUGGUCCUAGCAUCUGUCGUCACAACCCAGUUUUUGGAGUUAUGUCUUAAAUCCGACCUGCCAUGAGUUGGAUCUAGGGAGGCUGGGAGAUGGAGGGUCUUUCUCAAUACAUGUUUGUCUGGAUGGCCGGUAUUAAGAUAACAAAACAUGACUUGAAAAUAAGAAAAAAAAAAGACCAAACACAAUUAAACAGGAAUAUUUUAAUAAGUGUCUCAACAUGCAGAUGUAGUGGGAAGCCAAAAUGAUUCCAAGUGUUUUUUUUCCUUUCGAUUGAAUAUUUGAUCCUGUGCGUAAACAAAACAAAAGAAGUGGGUUUUUGUUCUUUCUGUGCCCUGAUAUUUUGUAUAUUAAUGGAAUAUCCAAGAUUUGAUGGGAUUUGAUGGUGUGUAGAUAGUCAGCUCUAUAAUUCUUCAAUUGUACUCUUACACGUGUACAAUGAGAGAGCUUGUUUAUAUUUCAUACUUUUUUAUACGUUGAGAAAAAUAUCAGUGAAUGAAAGAAAUGUAAUAUUUGACAAGAGAAAUACCAGUGACCAAUUUGAGAUGAAUAAAAAUAAUAAUAAUGCCCACAUGAAGCUUAAUCAUGUGAAUCUCUAGUAACUUCAAAUUAUGACCAAUCCUAAAACUUGGGUUCCACACACAAUGCAACUUGGCAAGUGCUUUUGGAACUAAGGAGCUAGAAUCUUGGAUUAACCGAUGCCUGCUAGUGCUUUCUGAUUACUCGGUGCAUUUUCAUUCUAUUUCUUGCUUUUGGGGGCGGGGGGAAGUAAAGACAAGACUGUUGGACCAGUAUUGCAGUUCUGUAGUGUCAUUUCUAAUUACAACCAAAUAUUCAAGUUAUCAAAAUAGGUGUAUUCCACCAUUCCAAUAAAGACACAAAAAUUCUUUUUAA